AGCAAAUACACGCAGCCAAAACGCAAAAAGCAAGCCAACCCAACGGACAGCGACUCCAAUUGCGUAUCCUUCCGCUGACACGCCGCCCCGGUCGUUGUCACUCGUUCGAUUCAUAUGCCCAGCGCGAGACUGGGUUGCCUGCAUUGUUCUCUCGCUUUCACGUCUUGACCUACACUGUGCUUUCGUCGUCCUGAAUUGCUGUGCAUGGUAAGUCAGUACGCCUGCCUUCAACCUAAAUUUCGCUCUUGCUUGCCCGCCGCGCCGCCUUUGUCUCCACCCUCCGCGUGCCUCUCCAAGCAAAGAAAGCCGGUCUCCUCCAGAGCGCUUCGACGGCGUUGUCGAGUUUGAACCGUGGUUCCUCUGGAAACGUCGCUCUGCCCAGUGGAAAGUCACGCAUAUCUCAGAGAGAGAGAGUGGCAUCCUGACGCACGACUUGGCCACAGCUUCGACUUGUAACUUGUCCCCCGCAGUUCAGCCAGCCAUGUCGACCUUCAUAGUUUCUCUCUUUUUGCCCUACACGGUGGACUUCAACGAGCUCCCUACUCCUGCACGACGGCCAAGUCCUCCGCCACGACAACCGAGCAAGACCUCACUCGAGGAAUCCGUAGGUGCGGUCAAGUUGCCAGGCCAUGAUAGAAGAGCUUCACUGGAGCUUCGUGGCUCCCUUUUCCCGGCGGAGACCCCACCACGUACUCCCGCGGCGACAGCAGAUGCGCAGGAGUUCUUCUCACAAAUCGACCAGCCGACGCCGGCGACGCACUUUGUGCAGCCUCACAACCCGCGAACCUUGGUACGCAGCGAUUCACACAUGCCAGAAUGGGGCAGACACUUCUUGUUCAAUCAACCGUCCGCCAAGCCUCAGCAAAUGCCUCCAGCCCGCAUCUUGGGCUACGGGCCUUCGCCGUCGUCGGAAGGUGAGCGUGAGCAGGACCGUGCUCGAAAGAUGGCAAAGACGCCAAAGACAACCCGGAACAAGAGCCAUCGGCGCCACCACUCGCGAUCGGCGAGCACCGAAGUGAAGUGGUCGACUGAGUGGAACAUCGUACCUGCUCUUCAGGGAAAUGGUGGCCUUGCAAAUGCCGUGAGGGCAUCGGCGGACUCUGGCGCAAUACAAAACAUCAUUUGGCUGGGAACGGUGGGCUUCCCGACGGACUCCUUGCCUCAAAACACCCGGAACGAGAUCGACGACAAGUUGACAACCGAGUACGAUGCGAUUCCUGUGUACAUCAGCGACGCGGACUUUGACGGCCAUUAUUCUCACUUUUGCAAGACUAUACUUUGGCCUGUCUUCCAUUACCAGAUACCAGAUCAUCCAAAGAGCAAGGCGUACGAAGACCACUCGUAUAAGUAUUACGUCAAGCUGAACGAGGCAUUUGCGGACAGCAUCGUGUCAAACUACAAGAACGGCGACGUGAUUUGGAUCCAUGACUAUCACCUGCUGCUUGUUCCUCGAAUGGUCCGACAGAAACUUCCAGAUGCCAAGAUCGGAUUCUUCCUUCACACUGCCUUUCCGUCGUCUGAGGUGUUCCGCUGUCUCGCGCAACGCAAUGCCUUGCUGGAAGGAAUGCUAGGCGCAAACCUGAUAGGGUUCCAGUGCCCAGAAUAUCUAGAACAUUUUCUUACCACGACAAGCCGGUUGCUUCGUGUGCCUGUAACACCGGAGGGCGUUGACGUGGAAGAUCACUUCGUGAAUGUCACCCACCUUCCGAUCGGUAUCGACCCGAAGGCUCUAGACAAGGCCAGGCAUGAGCCAGAGGUUCAGCAAUGGAUCAGAGUCAUGGAGCAGCGGUACAAGGACAAGCUCAUUAUCGUGGCUCGCGACCGGUUGGAUCAGGUCCAUGGCGUUCGCCAAAAGCUGCUUUCAUUCGAACUGUUUUUGAACAAGAACCCGGAUUGGGUCGAAAAGGUCGUCCUGAUCCAGGUGGCAACCUCCGCUACCGACCAGGAAGAGCUUGCGUCCACUGUGUCAGACAUAGUCACCCGGAUUGACGCCACCUUCUCUUCGUUAGGCCACCAGCCUCUUGUCUUCCUACGCCAAGAUAUCGGCUUCCCACAGUAUCUCGCGUUGCUGUCCGUCGCAGACGUGCUCAUGAUCACGUCUCUGAGAGAAGGUAUGAGCCUCACAGGCCACGAAUACAUUCUGUGUCAGGAUGGGGCCAUGUCCAACAAGAAGCACGGCCCCAUGGUUCUUUCAGAAUUCACAGGUGCCGCUUCCGUUUUCGACAAUGCUGAUCUCACGAUCAACCCAUGGGACUACAAACAGACCGCCAUCGCGCUAAAAAAGGCCUUGGAGAUGACGCCGGAAGAGAUGGCACGACGAUACGAGCGGAUACGAGAGGUGGUCAUGAAUCAGACGGGCGAAGCCUGGAUGACGGAGCUCAACAAGCGACUCGACAAGGCAUUCGACGAUCGUAACCUGCGCGACACAAAGUCUACGCCGCGAUUGAUCCCUGCCACACUUCUUCAGAAGUAUCAGCGUGCGCGCAAGCGGCUUUUCAUCAUGGACUACGAAGGCACUCUUGCCAGCUUCAGCAAAAGUGAAGGCCACGUGCAUUUCAACAGUCCGCAGCGCGUCCUUGACACGUUGAAUGAUCUGAUUUCUGCGGGCAAUAACAUCGUCUAUGUCAUGUCCGCGCGUAUGCCGGAGGAACUUGAUAAGAUCUUUGCACGCGUCCCAGGGCUGGGAUUGAUUGCAGAGAACGGCUGCUUUAUCCGACCACACGGUUCUGACGCGUGGAGGGCAUUCGUUGACAUGGAUCAGAUGAAGCAGUGGAAGAAGGACGUGAAGCAGAUCAUGAAAUACUACCAAGAACGCAUGGACGGAGGCGUGAUCGAGGAGAAGCACUGCUCUCUCUUCUUCCGUUACGACAAGGUGAAGGAGCAGGAUCAAGAGUCAGCUGCGCGUCUCGCAGGUGACUGCGCAAAUCAUAUCAACGACGCUUGCGGUGGCCUCCGCAUUCACGCUGUGCCAUUGCAAAAGGCAAUCCUGAUCGAACCUCGAGACUACGGCAAGGGCUACGCCGCAAAGCAGAUCUUCAACGAAAACUGGGGCCCAGACACUGAAGGGGGCGCUUUGAAGAAUGCCCCUGAAUUUCUGCUUGUGGCUGGCGACGAUCGGGAAGACGAGCAAGUCUUCAGAUGGGCAAACAACUUGGCGAAGGAAUGGCCAGAGAUUGACGUGACAACCGUCAGCCUCGGAAAAAAGAACACGGAAGCGAUGGUUACCCUGACACAAGGUAGUACAGCACUGAUUUCCGUCCUUCAGAGGCUUAGUGGUAUAACAAGGCGUUGAUGAGUGGAGUCAUGUUGCUAGAACGACAUUAUUUGCCAUUUUCAUUGUGGGUUAGACUGUUGUAUGCUAUUCACAGCCACCGCCGCGGCUGGGCUUUCUUUUUGUUUCUGGAUCAGUGACGGGAAACUGGGUUGGACCAUCGGCAUGCUAUACUGAUACGACCACAAAUGUUCUCGAGAUAUGAUUUCACGGCGCUGCAUGUAAACGAUGGACCCGGGAAGUCUUUCCCCGCCUAGCCAAAAUGUUUGAUCGUUGACCGACUGUGACAUUUUCGUGUAGAUGCUUCUCUGAACGCGAAUGUUUGAAAUGAUUGUCACUGCACAAAGAAUAAUUGACUGCCUA